GUCAGAUCACUCGAUAGCGAGAGAUCGUCUGCAUGACCCCCCAACUUCUUUUUGCAACCCUCCCCACAACCGACUGAAGAACAAAGACAGAUGUUGACUCGUAAGAAGGAAACACUCAAUACUCAAUACUACUUCAAUCCCGGCCCAGUCAACGAAUUGAUUGACUAAGAGCCUGUCAAACGAUCAUUCCAUUUGCCUCAUUCGUCUAUUCUUUAGUCACACCUAUCUCACUCCCACGAGAGGACCUCAGCCGCCAGUUCAUUUUUUUUUUCUGGACUAAUUGAAAUAAUUACUUGGCCAAAGCCUUUAAGCACAAUCAACUUGGCCCUAGUUCGGAGACCCUGAUGGUAGCCCGGCCCGCUCAUUCGUGUUCAGUCCCUAGGUACAUCACUGCCUGCUACCCCCCAAGUUUGCUUGAUUCGUGGGAGGGGGACCCUAACAAACCUCCUAACCGCUUUUCUUCUUUCUUCCCUUAAACCAAGGGAUAGCAAAACGUGAAAGAUAUACAUCGAUAGAGACCGAUCUCUGAUAUCAUUACCUAUUUACCAACUCGGAUACCGUCAGACCGCAUCUUUGCGGAGUCGAUCCCACGGAAAAUUCCAAGGCUCGACGCACGCUGAUGUCCGAGGUGCAUUGCAGCGCUGAGUGGCACAACGAAUAAGAUCGACUAAAUGCUUUUCCUGCCUUUCUGCUCCAGAAUCGGAAUAACAUGGCGACUUCUGCUGCUAUCAUGUCUUCCGCUUAUCUCAACGGCCACCCCAAACCCCAACCAACCAAACUCGCUAUAACCCCUAUCUCAGCUGCAUCUUCCCCCGCCUCAGCUGCUUCGCCCAUUUCGAGCGUGUCUACGCCUACCUCAACCCAUCAGCUUGCCAUCAAACCCGCAGCCGCCGCCGCAGCCGCAGCCCUACAGGCCACCGUAAUGGCUUCAAAGGCCUCAAUCACCAGCAAGGAAUGGGUAGUUCCUCCGAGGCCCAAGCCCGGCCGGAAACCCGCUACGGAUACGCCACCAACUAAGCGAAAGGCCCAGAACCGCGCUGCCCAGCGUGCAUUUCGCGAGCGGAGGGCCGCUCGCGUCGGAGAAUUGGAGGAGCAGCUGGAGGAACAGAAGGAAGAGUACGAGCGAAACCAACAGCAGCUCACCGACCAAGUGCAGGAUCUAGAUGCCGAAGUGUUAAGUCUACGGAACAGAUGCGUAGUCCUGGAGGGCUUGCUGGAGAAGGAGCGUAAGGAGCGCAUCAAAGUAGCAAGCGAGCUCGAGGACCUACGACGACGAUGGAGAGGAGAAGAUGCCAGCACGUCUUCAAGACACGGAAGUUUCGCUGCACAGCACGGAAGGCUGCCGAAUCCACUGACCAUUACAUCUCAGCAUCCCACGCCACGGGGAAGCCUCGCUAGCAACGCAUCAGAUCAUCGCAAUUCGGCAACGGCCUUUUCAAUCUCACAAAUAAUAUCCCCUCCUGACUCAUCGAGUCCGCCGGGACCCCCCCAAGAGUCAUCGACUGAUCUUGCUGGAUGUGGCAACUGCGAAAUCAACGGACCUUGUGCCUGUGCUGAAGAAGCUCUUGCCGACACGGCUGUUGGAUGCAACAAGUGUAGUAUCGGUUCCAAGUGCGAGUGUCUGGAAGCCAUGGUAAAGGACCUCGCUCCGAAUUCGGAAUCCGAACUCAAGCGGAAAAAAUCCUCUCUGUCCGUCAUAGCCCCGGAAGAAAAGAGACAGAAGAUACCCGAGCCCUAUCCUCACGAGGUCGACUUCACCGCCGCAUUCGCCAGGAAGAAGGAUCCCAUUCCGGAACCAAUUCUGUACCAAGCCCCCACUCAGCCGACAGUGCCGCCACGAGACUCUUGCGGCUUCUGCGAAGAAGGUACCUAUUGCAUGUGUGCCGAAGCUGCCGCAUCGCAGACGCUCCCCCCGGUAUCUCAACAAGUCCAGACACCGCCUCCUUCCGAGAAUGAUGUAGGUUCUCAUCCGAUAGAAAUCACAUCGACCGGCGCCGUCAAAUUACCAGGUAUCAAUUCGUUAAAUCGCACUCCAAUCCCUACAGCCCGCCCUUCCGGUGGUUGUGGCCCCAAAGGACCAGGUUCCUGCGCCCAGUGCCUAAAGGAUCCUAAGUCUGGUCUCUUCUGCCGCAGUCUCGCAGCAAGCUUUUCCCGCAAUUCAGGUACGUCUAGCGGAGGGUGCUGCGGCGGAUCCGGCGGAUCCGGAUGCUGCAAAUCUACCGAAGCAGGAACAUCCACCGAUUCCCCGGCUGGCAUCAAUCUAUCAUGUGCAGAGACGUACAAGACGCUGUCUAGUCAUCGCAAUUUCGACAAGGCAGCUGACGAGAUCGGAACUUGGUUGCCUAGACUCAAGGCCACUCCCCUACCGGCAAAUACGGCGGGAAGGCCACCCAUCGAGGUCCAGGUAGCCAGCAUUAUGGGGGUCUUGAGAGAGUUUGAUGUCCGGUUUGGGAGAGAAGCUUGAUCUAUUUAAACAGAUUCACGGCUGCUGGGAGGUCUAUCUACGCUGUAUGCGUUUAACGAGAGUAUAUAAUGAGACAUGGCGUCAACGGACCAUUGCAUCCUACGGUGUUGAUAAGGGGAGGGGAUGUGUCGAGUAUUUCGGCCAUCCAUAGGGAGUGGUCAUAUUGCAUUGUCGGUCGGCGGUCACAUAUCCACGUAAUUGAUAAAAGGGGGUUAGGUUUCGAAUUAUCGAGAUGGUUUACAGGCAAGGAGCCCCGAGGGCUUCCUAAUUCAUGUACAUUUUAAAAUCAAGGCGUCGAGUUCGGAAUAGUUCUAAACACUGCUCGUAUGGCAUUUUCUGCGAGCCUAGUUUGCGAUAUGCAAUUUUUGAAUGGCAAGAUGUAUCUGGGAGGCUUCUCUAGGUAUCCUAGGUAUCCCAUGUAGAAUUGCCAUAGAUCUUGUUUGUUUUCAAGCCAGUAAUGAU